AUUACAACUGUACAUGUAAUAAUCUAAGGAAGACAAAGGUAGCCGGUGAAUUUGGUUCCCGCCAUUGUCACACACUGGCGCCCUCCCAGAGUCGCAGUUGAUGCUCGCUUCUCGCCAUCUGGCCAAGUCCCUGCUCUUCUUCAACCGUCUUCAAUGUCCUAUUAGACUCAACUCGAUUCAGUUUUUGAUUUGCCAUAAACCCUUCUCUCCCAAAUCUCCAAUCUUUUCAGCAAACCCUAAUUUCAGAUCAAUGUCCACUCGCCGCUCAGCGUUCGAUGUCCUGAUGGCCAAUUCCAAGAAGAAAACCCCAACCCAGUCUCUCAAAGCGCCUGAUUCUUCUCCAAGGAAACGCAAAACCGCUGAAAAAGAAACUCCCGAGCGGAUGUCCGUUCCCACCUCAGCUCCUAAAGAAAAUGGCCUUACCAAUUCAGAGGCGAUUGAGAAUGCCUGUCCUGUAAAUGGGCAGAUAAGUGGCGUGGAUGCUUCAGGUGUAGGAGGUGAACUGGCAUCUAAGAAACAGAAGUUCAUAAGUCCUAAUGAGAGCGUAGAGGAGCUGAAGAAGAAGAAUUUUGACCCAAAAAAGGCCGUGUAUUGGGUAGAUGGCGAGAGAGUGCCCUUCAUGUUUGUAGCCAAGGCGUUCGAUGCAAUUGCAGUGGAAUCUGGGCGGAUUGCCAUCACAGAAAUUGUAACCAAUGCAUUAAGGACAGUAAUUCAUACGACACCGGAUGACUUGUUGCCAGUGGUUUACCUUUUUGCAAACAAGAUUGCACCUGCCCAUGAGGGGCUGGAGCUUGGAAUUGGAGAUGCAUCAAUUAUUAAGGCCCUUGCUGAGGCUUGCGGGGCUAAUGAAGCGCACAUCAAGAAGCAAUACAAGGAUCUGGGUGACUUGGGCCUUGUUGCAAAAGCGAGUCGAUCAUCUCAGUCUUUGAUGCGUAAACCGGAAGCAUUAACUGUUGCCAAAGUUUUCAACACUUUUCGGAUUAUAGCUAAGGAAUCUGGCAAGGAUAGCCAAGAAAAGAAAAAGAAUCACAUCAAGUCGUUACUAGUUGCAGCUACCGAUUGUGAACCUCAAUAUUUAAUCCGACUGCUACAGACAAAGUUACGCAUUGGGUUGGCGGAACAAACUCUUUUAGCUGCGCUGGGCCAUGCCGCUGCGCAUUCAGAGAAGCAUCCAUCACCUCAUGCAAAUGUGAACUCUCCUAUGGAAGAGGCCGAGAAGAUUGUCAAACAAGUUUAUUCUGUGAUCCCAGUAUAUGAUAAAAUUGUCCCUGCCCUACUUUCGGAUGGUGUCUGGAACCUUCAAAAGACAUGCUCUUUCUCACCAGGUGUUCCAGUUGGACCUAUGCUUGCUAAGCCAACAAAAGGAGUAUCUGAAAUUGUUGAUAAAUUUCACGAUAUGGAGUUCACUUGUGAAUACAAGUAUGAUGGUGAACGUGCUCAGAUUCAUUACAUGGAAAAUGGGUUAGUGGAGAUAUAUAGCAGGAAUGCAGAACGUAAUACUGGAAAGUUUCCUGAUGUUGUCGCUGCUAUUUCAAGAUUAAAGAAGCCUUCCACAACUUCUUUUGUUCUUGACUGUGAAUUAGUUGCAUAUGAUCGUGAGAAGCAGAAAAUUCUGCCCUUUCAGAUCCUUAGCACACGUGCUCGUAAGAAUGUUGUUGCAAGUGAUAUAAAGGUGAAUGUUUGCAUCUUUGCCUUUGAUAUCUUGUAUCUUAACGGACAGCCACUUAUCCAGGAGCAGCUCAAUGUUCGUAGAGAGCAUCUGUAUAGCUCCUUUAAGGAAGAAGCUGCCUUUUUCCAAUUUGCCACAAAUAUUAUAUCGAAUGAUCUUGAGGAAAUAACAAAGUUCCUUGAAGCUUCUGUUAAUGGCAGUUGUGAGGGAUUAAUCAUCAAAACACUGAGCAAAGAUGCUACGUAUGAACCCUCUAAACGCUCAAAUAACUGGCUAAAAUUGAAAAAAGAUUACAUGGAGAGCAUUGGCGACUCCUUUGAUUUGGUACCAAUCGCUGCUUUUCAUGGCCGGGGGAAACGUACUGGUGUUUAUGGUGCUUUCCUACUUGCUUGCUAUGACAGUAACAAUGAGGAGUUCCAAAGCAUUUGCAAAAUCGGCACGGGUUUUUCUGAAACAAUGCUUGAAGAACGUUCUACCAGUCUUCGUUCUAAAGUUAUCCCGAAGCCAAAGUCAUAUUACAGGUAUGGAGAAACUCUCAAUCCAGAUGUAUGGUUUGAACCAACCGAGGUUUGGGAGGUAAAAGCCGCAGACCUUACUAUCAGCCCUGUUCACCGUGCAGCCAAUGGUAUUGUGGAUCCUGAAAAGGGAAUCUCUCUGCGAUUUCCACGUCUGAUUCGUAUUCGAGAAGACAAGACUCCAGAACAGGCCUCGUCAGCAGAGAUGGUUGCAGAUAUGUAUACUGCCCAGAAACACAAUCAACAAAAUAAUCAGGUUGAAGAUGAAGACUGAAGACCCCAUUUGUCAAACUUUAAUGGUUAAGAGCUAAAGCUCUUCACUGCAUGUUGCAGAAAAUAACAUCUUGAAACAUUUGUUGGUGUGUCAUGGCCUCGGUGCUUAAAUAUGCUUUCUGCUUUCCCUUGUGGGCUUGUACAAGAAGGUGCCAGUUUUAACGCUCUUCAGUUCCUUUUCUGCAAAAGAGAAACAAAAUCUAUUGAAGUAGUGUAAGUGGAUAAUCCUUGCCCACCUAUAAAAUUGGGUCAUAUUAUAGAGACACCAAUUUUAACACUAUAUAUGAUAACAAUGUGUGUCACAGUUACACAUAUGCAAUAACUAUAUGUGAAAUUGUCCGUAAAACACAUUCGUGUCAUAUCUUUCACGGUAAAAUUGUUAACUAUAGGUGCACGGUAAAUCUAUAGUGGACCUAAGG